AUGCGUGCUCUUAUUAUUCUAAGCAUUGUGGCGGCGGCCAGUGCCGGAAGUUUGUCCGGAUAUAAUUACGGACAGGGAGCAACGACCAGUAUUGGCGGAGGUGGUGGAUCUUUAAGUCCUGCACUUUCGGGACCCGUGAGCUACAAUGCCGUUCCCCAGGCUGGAGCCACCAAGGAGUUCUACAGCUUCUAUGCCAAUGACGCCGACUUCGAGGAUCGCGAGGGCCUGCAAAGGGCUUUGGCCACCAUCAAGAAGAAUGUCCGUGUGAUCUUCAUCAAGUCCCCAGAGAACCGGGGCUACGAGAAUGCCGUUCUGGCCCUGGCUAAACAGGCUGCCCAGCAACAGACCGCCAUCUAUGUGCUCCACAAACAAACCGAUAUUAACGAGUUGGCCCAGAAAUUCAAUGCCGUGCGCCAGAAUGCCAACAAGAAGCCCGAGGUGCACUUCGUCAAGUAUAGGACUCCAGAGGAUGCGGCCAAUGCCCAGAAGGCCAUUCAAUCGCAGUACGAUCAGCUGGGCGGAUCCAGCCAGUCCAUCAACGGAGGAGUGGCCAAUGCCAUCAACUUUGCAUCCCAAGGAGCUGCUCCUGCGAGAAGCGCCCCACAACAGGCUCCCCAGAGCAACUACUUGCCCGCCUCCAUCCUCAACCGCCUUCGUCACUAG